AUGGCCGACGGCCCGGAAGCAGAGCCUUCAUCAGGCUUUCAGUCUUCGGAAGAUGAGGCCGAGGAAGUUGCAGUCGAAUCACUGGUACAAGGACGUGCCAAGCGAAGCACGGCAGGAACGCACAUGUCCGCCCUGAUCGAAGCUGCGGCCGAUGACGACUUGACCCUACUUUUCGAGGAGGUGGAGGAUGACAAUGACUUUGCGGCAGAGGCCGACGGAGCCGAUGAGGAGGACGAAGCGCUCGACUCCUCCUCAGACGAGGAUGAUCAAGGACCGAACGCGACAAAUGACUACGAAGGCGAGAAGGAGUUACAGAAGGCAGAGCGCAAAAAGCGUCGGGCACAAAACGACCUCCGAUUCCAAACCUUGCGCAAGCGCGUCAAGAUCGAUCCCACCGCCGUUUCGUCCGUUUCAGUUCCUCCCCGCCCGAAGAAGAAGUCGGAACGAAUCUCUUGGAUACCUACGGUCGAAGAUGGACCCACGCGGUCAUCAUCGCGUCGGCAGACCAUGGUUAACAAGGAAAUGACACAUGCCCGCUUGAAGGAUAGCCAGGAGAAGCGCAUUCGCAUUAUUGCAACAAUGAAGGAGGCAGAGAAGCGCAAGGCUCACCUCAAGCCGAAAGCAAUGACCCAGGAAGACCAUCUCGCGGAAGCGGCACGCAUCGAGCGUCUCAACAGCAAGAGUUUGAACCGAUGGGAACAAGCCGAGAGGCGAAAGGCAGAUGAGCGACGGGCCAAGAUCGAAGCUCUUCAAAACCGCCGUCUGGAGGGGCCCGUCAUAUCCUACUGGAGCGGAUUGGCUACGUGGGCAAACGGUCGUCUCAUUCGAGUAGGCAAGGCAGAAAUCAAAUCGAAGCCGGAGAAGGAUACUACGAAGAAAAAGAAGUCCGAAAAGGAAGACAAGGCAUCCGUGCCAGUGCCAACGCCAGCGCCAGCACCAGCGGAGGAAGGCUUGCCUCAAGGUACUCCAGGUCCAACAACGACCCCAAUUCCAGGCCCUGUUCCACAAGCAGAUUCCUCAGCUGUUCCUCCAGGCGAACAGUCCCCAGCAGUGGGUGGUUCGACGGCCGCAGCUUCUAUGCCAACACCAAACCCACCCACAGAUGAGUCUAUACAUCCAGUCACGGCAUCUCCUUCAGUCUCUACCAACCACCAGCAAGAAGAGCCGGAGGGCAAGCAGGCGGACAAAAGGAACAUAGAGGAGACGCAGAAGGAGUCGCAGGGCGAGAAGGCCUCCGAACCGUUACCGCCAGUUGUCCCAGAGAAGGAAGAAACCAAGGUUGCCGAGGAAGGUCCCUCAGAGCCUAUUGUCACCCGUAACGAGCGCGAUGCCUCCGAGAAACCCCUUGCCAAUAUCCCCUCUGGGGAGAAGGACCCGGCGGGAAAAGUGGAUUCUAUGGAGAUUGAUGCGACUCGCUCAGAGUCCAACACCGCCGAAGCCGCCAAGGCGAAAGAACUCCCACCAACGACCGGUUCUCCACCAAGCGCCAGGGUACCAGACAAUCUAACUGAAACGGCCGGGGAAACCACCCAGACCAAGUCUACAUUGAAUGCCACUGGGGAUUUGCCAGUGCAGGUUACACCGUCUGAUACUCCAACUGCCCCGCCGGUCUCUCAGGCCCCUCCAACCCCUCAUAACGCUCAAACCCUCCAAGCUCCUCAGACCACCACGCCAACGCCUGCCGCGCCUGCCCAAAAUAAUGCUAUCACAGCACAAGCAGAUGGCCCUGGCGCACUGGUGCCAAGUCAGCCACCCGUGGUUAAUGAGGCAUCUAUGCAACCAGAAGUCCCGGCACCUCCACCUGUCAUCGAGUACACAGGCCGCAACUUGACGAUCCUCGAGAACUUUGACGAUCGGACCGCCCAUAGCAAGAAGUAUAGCAUGUACUUCAAUGCCCGAAAGCCCCCGAGACUUACCAGUAUGUGUCCCGCACCGAUUCGUGAAUUCGCGGAAGAUAGCCAGGAAACUAAUUAUUUGCUAGAAAUAUCCUCCUCCCUGUGUGUCAUCACCUCCCUCCCAUCCCGGUAUCGGGAUCCUGAAACGGCACUGCCCUAUGCCAAUUCCUACGCCUAUGGCCAGAUCCGACGUAUCAUGUCGGAGGGGUACAUCUGGAGUUCGAUGCUCGGCUGCUUCGUGGGGCCUGGCGAGACAGCAGCGCGUGGAGUUCCUGCCCGGUUCCUCGGAGGGGAGAAAGAGCUGAGCGAGGGGCCCGAAUCAAAAGAACCCACGACAACCGAAGCUGCAGAGACGUCCGAACCGCGCAAGAAGCCGGCUGCUCCGACCGAGCCAAUGGACGUCGAUUCGUAA